AGGACUCAUUCAGAUGUCAAUCCUUUCCAUUCUUAAACCAUUGAAAUGAAUUAUCCCAUAUUUCUAAUUCUUUGGGCAUUGUCCCUUCUGAAAGAUGAUGUCUUUGCCCACCAACGGAUUAAACGGGAUUACUCAAUGAACAAAUAUGAAUUGGAUGGGUCUGCUGUCACACAAACCUUUAGGCAUGCAAGGGAGGUUUCUAGCACCACUUAUGAAGGACCUCGUACCUGCAGGACAUGGGGUCAAGGAGCAAUCAGGACUUACACUGACGAUUUUUACCAUAUGGCAUCAACAUGUAAUUACAUUCUGACUCGCCAAUGCAAAGGCAACGUGGAAGAUUUUAAUGUGGAAAUCCGGCGAGGCUCAAAAGGCAAUUUGGAACACAUCUUCAUGAAAAUUGAAGGCGCUAUGAUUGUUGUGGCAAAUGGGACAAUUAUCGUUAAAGGCGCUGUAAUUUCAUUGCCAUAUGAUGACAAAGUGAUUAAUAUUCAGCAAUAUGGAGUUGGUGUGCGCUUUUCAAACAGGAAACACACUAUAAUUCUGUUUUGGAAUAACCAAGAUGCGCUACAGGUAACAGUUGAUGCUCAAUACCAAGGGCAAUUAUGUGGCCUUUGUGGACCUUUUGAUACAAGUGUCUCAACAAUCUAUGAUUCAGACUAUGCCCGACUAUCCAAGCUGGAUUCUGGUUCCUGCAGUACCACCUUCCCUAAAGAUACUAAUUGUGCAUCAGCUCAGGUCUGCUCAGAAAUAUCAACGCUUUUCCCAUCUUGUUCUACCAAAGCCAUAGAAGAUAAAUACUUAGAGAUGUGUGGGAAGGAUGCUUGUGCUUGUAAAGGAACUGGGGGAUGUAACUGUGCCAAUUUUGCAGAAAUAUCACAUCAGUGCGUACAUUCAGAUUCUUCAGUCUGGAAGACAUGGAGAAAAUCGACAAGAUGUGCACCACCAACCUGUCCUGGGAAUCAGAUAUAUAUGGAGUGUGGUCCUGUCUGCAAGUCAACCUGUACUGACCCAAACCCUCAGCAACAAUGUGAUCAGUGUGUGAAUACCUGUGGCUGCCCAGAAGGCACUGUCCUUGAUAAUAUACGAGGUGAUGACAGAUGCAUCAGCCAAAUGGAAUGUCCUUGUGAAUAUGGUGGGACUGUAUAUGAGUCUGGACAAAUAAGAAACUCUUUCUGCCAGUCAUGCAUCUGUCAAAGGGGAAUGUGGGAGUGCGCUGACCUUAACUGCCCUGAAAUUUGCAAGAUUGAAGAAGGAACUCAUAUUACAACAUUUGAUGGCAGAUACUAUAAUUUGAUUGGUGACUGUUCGUACUACGCUAUUGUUACAAAAUACUGGUCAGUAAAAAUUGAAAUGCAUCCAUGUCAAGUAGCAUAUAAGCAGACAUGUUUACAGAGAGUUACAUACACAAAGUAUCAGGACAGCUACGUAUUCAAUAAUGAUGGUACUGUUGACUAUAAUGGAAAUAGAGUUGGACUUCCUCUAGUAAAUGGUCAUAUAAUAAUAUUUCACGAGUCUUCGAUAUUCCUUCAAGUAUCAACAGAGUAUGGGUUGAAGAUGCAAAUACAGAUACAUCCCAUCAUGCAGCUUUACAUCUCAUUGCCCAAAACUGCCAAAGGAACCACAAAAGGUUUAUGUGGAACCUUCAAUCACAAUGCGGAAGAUGACUUUCUAUCUGCCCAGGGCAUCGUGGAGUACACAUAUGUAGCUUUUGCUAACUCUUGGAGAGAAGGUGAUAAUUGCCCUCCACCACAAGUGAACCCGACCUGCAUUAGCUCAGAAGAUGAAAUCUAUGCCAAACAGAACUGUGCCUAUUUAAAAGACCCAUUGGGUGCCUUCGCUGCCUGCCAUUCUGUAGUGGAUUUUGCCAAAUAUUAUGAAAUGUGUAAAGUUGCCUCAUGUAAUUGUGAGAAGGUCAAUGAUUGCAUCUGUGCUGCACUGGGAGCUUAUUCUCAUGCCUGUGCUGCUAAAGGCAUCAUUGUGGGCAGUUGGAGAAGAUUAAUUUGCAGUGUAACCUGCCCAAGUACUCAGGUUUUCCAGUAUGGUAUGACAGCCUGUAACCGUACGUGCAGAUUCCUGUCAAGACCUGAUAUCACCUGUGAGGUUCAGGAUGUACCAGUAGAUGGAUGUGGCUGUCCCGAGGGAAAGUACAUGAAUGAGAAAGGAGCAUGUGUGAGCAGAUCAGAAUGCCCAUGUUAUUUUGGUAGUUUCAUUGUGCAAAAAGACCAGCCUAUUAAUGUUAAUGGAGCUCAGUGUUUCUGUGUCAAUGGAGUUCCUUCCUGCCCUGGUGUAGACAGCCCAUCUGUACAAGAUGAUUGUGGAUCAAAAAUAUUUUCGGACUGUCAGACGACUUCAGUAUGUAGAAAGACGUGUCAGACGUUAAACACACCGUGCCCAAAUCCUUGUGUCCCUGGCUGUGUGUGUCCCGAAGGCUUGGUGGAAGAUUACAGUGGAAAUUGCAUUUUACCAGAAAAGUGUCCUUGUUCAUAUGGUGGUGAAAUCUUCAGUUCAGGAGAAACAAUCAAAAGUGACUGCAAUGACUGCACAUGCAAAGGUGGUUUAUGGACAUGUACUGAUUACUCAUGUCCAAAGACCUGCCUAGUUUACGGAGAUGGUCACUAUAUAACCUUUGAUGGAGAAAGAUACAGCUAUGAUGGGAACUGUGAAUAUGUCAUUGUCGAGGAUCAAUGUCAACGAGCAAUCGGUACAUUCCAAAUACUGACAGAGAGUGUUCCCUGCUGUGAAAAUGGAGUGACUUGUUCACGGAAUAUCAGGAUUUUAUUUGAGGAUAGAGAACUAAUUCUCUUGAGUGGGAAUGGAGUAACUGAAGUGUCCCUUGGGAAAACCCAGUGCACAGAUAAUCUCUACACACUUCACACUGUUGGACUCUAUUUAGUCCUGAGAUUUUCAAAUGGGAUCACCGUGAUAUGGGACAAACGUACAAGAUUGUCAAUCACACUGGAUGCAACGUGGAAGAACAAAGUUUGUGGCCUCUGUGGAAAUUUCAAUGAUGACAUUGAAGACGAUUUGACGACAAAGUGGAAUUAUGUGGUGACCAGUCCUGUGGAGUUUGGGAACAGUUGGAAAACAUCACAGUCCUGCUCCAAUACAGUGAACCAAACAUUCCCUUGUGACAGGAAUCCAUAUUGUUUAUCUUGGGCUCAGAAGAGAUGCAACAUAAUUAAGGGCGCAGUCUUUCAAGCUUGCCAUAAAAAGGUUGACCCAACCCCAUACUAUGAUGCAUGUGUCGAAGAAGCUUGCGCUUGUGAUAUGGAGGGAAGAUAUCUGGGCUUCUGUACCGCAGUAGCAGUGUAUGCGGAAGCUUGUAACAAAGUUGAUGUUUGUAUUCACUGGAGAACCCCAGACCUGUGUCCUGUGUAUUGUGACUAUUAUAAUGCUCCUGGUGAAUGCAGUUGGCAUUAUCACCCAUGUGGAACAUUGAGAACAAAAACCUGCUCAGACCAUUCCAUUGCAAAGAAGUUAUCUGCAAAUCUUGAAGGUUGUUAUGCCAAAUGCCCAGAGAGUGCUCCUUAUUUGGACGAAAAUACAAUGAAGUGUGUUACACUACCUCAGUGUACUUGUUAUUACGAUGGAAGAAUCCUUCAACCCGGUGAAAUAACAUGGAAUGACUGUGAGAAAUGUAUGUGUACCAAUGGAGUCACGCAUUGCAAGCAAACAAGUACAACAACAGAGAUAACCACUACAUUUAGGUCUACUGCCAGUUCCUCAACUGAAGAAUCAACUACAACAACAGUGCCAGGCACCACAACUGAGACAACUGCCAGUUCCACAACUGGAACAAUGACAACAGUAUCUCCAACCACACUUGGCUUUACCACAGCUUCCACAACAGAAACGACCACAACAACAGAGACAACGACAACAGCUAGUUCUACAGCCAGUUCCACACCUGAAACUAUUUCAACAACAGUAUACACCACUACACCAGUGUCUACUUCCAGUUCAUCAAGUGCUGAAUGA